AUGCCAGGAUGCGCACCCGUGACUGACGCUCCGCCACACCAAGACGCUACCCUUGGGGAAGUAUCUCUUGCAACUAAUAGUACCGCUCAAGGACUUGUCUCGAACGAAACAUCUCCGCCAAAAAACGAACCUUCCGGGACAGCCCCAGAGUCGUUCGAGCAAGAUUCUACUCGAUUGCAAAACCACCCGGCAUCCCAAUCGAAGGCUGUGGUUGCGUCUUCCAAUUUCGUCUGGUAUCGCAGCGCCGCUGUACAUACACUACCACCUAGCAAUGCGGAAGAAUUCCAGAAGAUCUAUGACCGUCAGCCCACAAACCAAGAGCUUGUCAGCAAGAUCGGCAGCGCCGCAAUCGGUCGCUAUGUGCCGGGGCCGUCAUCUAACCCUCACGAUAUCGUUUCCAGUAAGCCAUUCGCCAUCACGACUGUCCCAGAACGAUCCCCAAACUAUGCAGACUCUUCCUUCCAGACCAGUGAAGUUGCACAAUGUAACAAGGCUUUGUUGCGGGCAAAGGUGAAGGCGUCACUUUUGGUCAACAAACAGCGUGAUGCUGCUCGAGCUGCAGGGUUCAGAGUAUGGUCUGAAACGAGAGACGAGUACAUCGUACAUUCGGAGCAGUUAACGAUCAACGUUCAGUUCGACACUAAAGGUAACGCAAUCGGUACGGAUGUUGAUGGCUACUCGCUGCCCAAUAUCUACGGUGAAGAAAUCAACACCAGCAAGGAAGCCAAAGACUACGCCUCCAGCGCUGGCAUGACUUUCACCCCGCUGCCUACGCCACUGCCACCGCCAGUCCAUGAUUCCGUCACCGAGAUGAGCACUCCUCAGCGCAUUCGUGCUCUCGAGCCUCACGUACCGAGCGACAAGUCUGAUCCGCCACCAAUCGAAUGGUACGGCUAUAUCGAGCGCAUCCCGAUACAAGAUACCGUGAGAAUCGAUGCUGGAGAAGUUGAACGGGAAAAGCCUAGUGGUUCGAGGGUGAGCGACCAAAAAGCCGCAAGAGAGGAGCGGGAUAGAUUGGGCGAGGUUGGAAAGAGGGAAGAGACCAUGAUGGUGAUAGGCGGCGAGAGGUUCGCAGAUAAAUACAUCGUGUAUGACGCAACAGCGUCAAAUCAUUCAAGUUCUACAACGACAUUUGUUGCAAACUCUGAUAUGAGCAAGAAGAGAAUGUUAGAGGACGAGUGGGAGAUGAAGAUGUCCACAAGCUCACCUAAGCGCACAAAAACUUCGCCCAAACUUACGAGUUGUUUAGGCCUCUCAACGAGUUCCCCUGGAGACUGCUUGGCUCGACAUCAAGGCCGAUUCGCUGAGAGAAGCGACGCAAAAGGUUCUUAUAUCGACUACAGGGAGAUUGGUGGAGAAGAGACUCCACACAGGGCUGAUGAGGAUGAAGCAGGCGCCAGAGGCGAGCAGAGUAAUGCUAAUCCAUCAGCGCAACGUGAGUUCAGGCAUCGCAGUCGCUCUCCUGGCGGCGACCGCGUCGUUCGUUGUGAAUCCAGAAGCAGCGUUGAACGUCAAUCUGAGGACCCAUACGAGGAAGAGGGGCAACACCAUAACGCGGCACACGAAAGAGAAGAUGACUCACGAACACAUUGUGGGUCUUCGGGUAAGCAGAGUCGACUAGAAGACGGCAAGGAGAGUAACGGACAACACGAGGGCGUGACUAGGAUGUUAUCAGCGCGCAAGCAGGAAGGUAACCGCCGAGUGCAGCGCGCGCAGCGCAUCGAAGGGAAAGACCCUGCGGAAACCCAGAAACAGGAGGAAUCAGAAAUCCAGCGCGCGCGUGCAGCCAAGAACCAACGAAAACUGGAGAUCGAAGAGAGAAAACGAGCGCAAGAAGCCGAUCGACAACGUCAGCAAGAGAAAGACAGAGACCGACGCCACCGAAGUGACGACUCACAUGACAAGAGUAAGAAAGCACGCCGACAGACAGCGAAGCAGGACGUAGAGCCGCCUGGGCCGAUCGAUCCAUAUGCAGCGGCACGACAGGCUGAGGCAAAGCGGAGAGAGCUUGUAUUUGCAGCGCGUGGAGCCGAAGAGGCUGAUAGUCGUACGCGCGAGCGGCCUCCUGCUCGUGACGAAGGUCUAGGUAGACUUGAUGCGGAGCGAUCGAAGCCAGAAAAGACGGUUGGAGAGAAGAAGGCCACUAAGACGAGACCGAGCCGGACUGCCAGAGGUGAACUCGAGCGGUAUGAUCCGAGGAAGAAGUUUGGAGGUGGCAAGUAG